AUACUCAUCCUGCUGCUGCCUGUUGCUGAGUGAAAGACAACAGAAAACCCUGGAUUCAAACCUCCACUAGGUUUUUGUUUUCCUUGUUUUCCUUUCAUUUUGCCUUAAGAAGAUGACCAGUGAAACCACAACUCUGAUAUCCUUGAAGGAAGCGAUGAAAAGAGUAGACCACAAACUCCAAGGUUUAGAAGCACAGUUUAAAGAAAUGGAUUUCACCAAGGAUAGUCUGACCCGGAGAUUUGAACAGCACAGCAAGGCUUUGGCAAGCCAGGCAGCCCAGGAUGAGCUGUGGAGAGCAGUUCUGGCCCCCAAAUUCACUUCAAUGGAACUGAAUAUUUUAUACAGCUACGUCACUGAAGUUCUCAUCUGCUUGCACACUCGUGUGCUUGACAAGCUGCCAGACCUGGUGCGAGGUCUUCCCACCUUAACCUCUAUCCUGAGACAAAAAGUCAAGAACCAGCACGUUGGAGUUGUGUGGGAGUCUGUCCUGGAGGAGUGUGGGCUGCAAGAAGGAGAUAUCACAGCCCUUUGUACCUUCUUUAUUGCCCAUGGCCACAGGGCAGAAUACUAUGGUGCUAAAGUGAGGCAGAUGUAUAUCAGGGAUGUCACUUUCCUAAUCACUAACAUGGUAAAGAAUCAGGCUCUGCAGGAUGGUUUACUGAAGACUGUUCAGAUCAUUGAGAAGGGGAAAGCAGUGAGGGCCCCUGAAGAGCAAAAGUCAUUGCUAAAAGAGUUGCUACCAUCAGUCAGAAACUAAUUUUGAUGACCAAGAGACUCUACUUCUAGGAAUUUAUCUUGCAAAUGGGGGGAAAAGAUGCAUGUACAAUUUAUUACAGGCUUAUUUUUAUAGCAAAAGUGAGAGAAGCGGGGCACCUGGGGGGCUCAGUGGGUUGGGCUUCUGCCUUUGGCUCAGGUCAUGAUCUCAGGGUCCUGGGAUCAAACCCUACAUCAGGCUCUCUACUCGGCGGGGAGCAUGCUUCCCCCUCUUUGCCUGCCUCUUUGCCUACUUGUGAUUUCUCUCUCCCUCUCUCUGUCAAAUAAAUAAAUAAAUAAAUCUUAAAAAAAAAAAGUGAGGGAAGCCUUAAAUAUGAUAAAUUGAUACAAUGGAUACUUUUUGUGUAGCAAUAUUAGAGAAUGAAGAAGUUCUUUGUGUAACUGUAAAAUGAUAUGGAGUUAUCACCAAGAUGUAUUGUUUUCAAAUAUUUCCUAUAUAUUGUGAAGUAGGAAAAAAGGGCAAAAACAAAUACACACACACACACACAGACAAGCUAAUAUAUCCACAAAAUUCAUAAACUUUUUCUGGAGAGAUAUAUUAGAAAGUAAGAACAUUGGUUGUGUCAGG